AUGGGACACUGUGGUCAGUAUACAAUUCUUGGAAACAUUGGCGAAGGAGCUCAUGGUAUUGUUUUUAAAGCAAAACAUAUCGAGGUGAGAUAAUCAUAGUUAAAAUCGCCUGAGACUUUGUUUCCAGGCUCUAGUUAGCUGGGGAUUUGGACUAGUUCUGGCAAUCAGUUGAUUUGAGUAUAGUCUUAACACGAUUUUUAGCGGUUAUUCGAUUCAGUCAUUUUAGAUCAUUUCCUUCAGUUUACAGCAAAUGGUAUUUUAGUGCAAGUCAAUGGCUAAAUAAUGGUACUAUUGAAACGAGAAUGCUAAUUUCUCUUCCUUAGAGCGGAGAAGUUGUUGCUUUGAAGAAAGUUCCCUUGAGAAAGCUGGAAGAUGGAAUACCAAACACUGCUCUAAGGUUCAUAAAAUUGUAACAAUCGUCAUGUGAUACCUGGGAAAUUUGAUGCUAUUUUCUUCAGCUGCACCAAAAACUGGUAGACGUCGCUACAGCCUGCUGCCAGUUAAUUUCAUAAGCUGAAAAAGACCUUAUCUCUGGCUUAAAUUAAUGCACUGGAAAACAAAGGUGUCGGGUAAUAUUGAAGUUGCAGUUGAGUAGAAAAAGCCUGUUUGACUAAAAAUAUCAGCUACAUCCCUGCCUUUUUCUGUCAAAUCGUGUACUAUACAUAUUGACAUCAUUUCAAUUGCAAAUGUCUUCCAAAUUAAGUUGGGCAGUGCUACAACCAGUUGCAAAAUGUUGAGACCCUCCCUUGAAGAAAUGACCUUUCAUACUUUAAAUCGCUGCUAGUCAGGUUCAGGUCUGUGAGAUAAAUAUAAUGUCCUCUCUCCUCCCUCCCAUUCAAAGUUGUUUCUCCAAGUUUUGAGCAUAGUGAUGGUCUUGUAUAGCUAGCAACUUUGAUAAGGGGUGGAGGGGGCAUCACAAGUGCAAGAUCAUGGACAGGCCAUUUAUGCCAAAAUACAAUACAGUGUCUCAAGUACUUUUACAACUAGUUGCAGCUGUUUAGGAAGAAUUAUCGGGGGGUUUGAGCCAAUCAGAAAUGAAGAAAAAAUUUGAAUGAAUAAAAAUGGAAUUUUUGCAUACACUGCGUACUUUUACACUGACUUCUUCCAUUCUCAUUUGUUCAUAAAAUAAUUUAGGGAAAUAAAAGCACUCCAGGAAAUAGAAGACAAUCAAAAUGUGAGUAGGACAUUUUAUUUUGAUUUAAUUGCUUUGUUUUUGGAUAUCCAUUAAUUUUUAAGUAUGGUCCUUAAAAAUAAUUAAUGGAUAAUCAAAAACAAAGCAAUUACACUGUAUGUCAAAACAGCUGGUUCAUUGAAGUAACUUAAUUGUGGCCUUUCAGUAAUUCAAAAAUACAGUGGAACCCCCUUCACAAAACCCAUUUCAACCCUCAUACAAACUCUGUAUUUCUACAUCCCUGUAACCAAACAUUCCCAUCAGUGGCCGCAGACACUUUCGGAGUUUAUGAGUUAGAUUUUGGCUUGUUUCUACAUUGUAUGCUCCCACAAGCGGACACUCUAAAACUUGACACACUAAAAUUUGAAAUCACUGUUUGUCACCAUGAAUUUACACCAGUUUCAGUGUGUGUUUGUUUGUCUGUUUGUUUGUUUUUAUCCCAUACGUGUACAUAUACACAUCUGGUUACAUUUGAAAAGACCACAUGUAUUGCCAAACACCAAGCCAAAGGGUGUCUGCUAACGAGAGCUUCCAGUGUAUGUAUACCUGACUGUCUUGAGGCUACUGGUAGUUUACACUCUACUGAUUAUUUGUGGCAUGCUUUGGCUCCCACUAGGUUGUCAAGUUAAUUGAUGUUUUUCCAUAUGGCACUGGGUUUGUCUUGGUUUUUGAGUACAUGCUCUCUGAUUUGUCUGAAGUUCUGCGCAAUUCAACCAGGCCAUUAACUGAGGUUAGAAUAUUGUAUGUUUACUGAACUGGAACCUGAUUAUAUAUGCAAAAGUUGUCAACUUGCCAGUGAUUUGUUAACAUUACAGGUUGUUAUUUUGAUUCUUUCUUGAAUUUUUUCUUGUCUUUUAGGCUCAGAUUAAAAGUUACAUGUUGAUGUUGCUUAAAGGUGUAGUCUUUUGUCAUGAAAACUCUAUAAUGCACAGGGUAAGAACAGUCUCUGAAAUGACUUGUGUUAAUUGAGAAAAUGGCCAGAGUGAAAUUGAUUACUACUUUUUAUAGUACUGCUUACUCUCACCUAGCCUGAAUUUCAUCUGAUUACCUUGAGUCGUUAUUACUCCCUCAGUAACGUCUGAAUCGACUGGCUAUUAAUGCCGUCCAGUGACGUCACUACUCCUUGACCUUUGCUUUGAUUCGUGCAAAAAGUAAAACACGAUUUUCAAGUGGCAAACCGAGAAAUAUCAUUUGGAAAUGUCUGCAUGAUACAGAACUGCUUUAUUUUUUUCGAUUGUAAUUCAUGUUUAACGUGCAAACUAUCAACUGCAUACAGUACAACUCUGAACCCAUUGUACUAAAUUCUAUAAUCAAACUCGGUCGCAAUCACGUAAAUGAAAUAAACACACACACAGAACACUUAGUUCAAAAACACAGUGAUUUGCUUUAAUUAACGAAGAAAAAAAACAAGGAGACAAGAAAGAAAAGCUAACAGAAUCAUUACACUUGAUGGUAAAAAAGCAAGAAGGUCGAAUUUUUACAUUGAUCUCAGAAAACUUCGCGUAAACAAAAUCACCGGCCGCUGAAACCACAAAGUGGCUCUAAAUGAAAAACCUACUGACUCUCCGCAAUGAUUCUUCAUUCGCAGUUCAAUUUAGCAUUUCAGUUUCAAAGACAAGGGCAAUUUUGCUGUUUAAGAUAAAGAUUAAGCUUAUCGAAAUGUUUGAACUAAACGAAAGAAUGCCGGGGAUGCGAUCCGCUGAAUAUCAAGCGACAAUCCCGCUAAAAUUUUUCAUAAUUAUACAUAAUUAUGCGAUUGUUUAGACAAUCAACCAUUCAAAAUCAGUACCCGGUUUUCGGGUAGUGAGUGACGUCACUGGACGGCAUUAACGGCCGGUCAAUUCAGACAUUGUUGAGAGGAGAAAACGACUCGAAGCAAUCGGAUGAAUUUCAGGCUAUUUCUCACCCUGCAGAAAAAUAAUUAAUUUAAUUAUUUUUCACACUGUAUAAAGAGUGUACAAUGUAUACAGUCUACAUAAACCGAUAUGUACUUUAUGGUUAAUUAACUUUAUUUUGUUAGUUAUAUAAGACAAAUCCAAACUUAUGUGGGUGCAAGAUAAGUGUAGCCUCUUUCCCCAAAUUCAAGACAGUUCACACUACUUAGGGCACGAAAGCCAUUUCAUGAUAUUAUUUAUAACUUCUUUUUUUUUUAAAAUGUAUCUUAUUGCUUUUCUUUCCUUCCUGAAGGACUUAAAACCUGCCAACUUACUGAUUAGUUCGACUGGACAUCUAAAGAUCGCUGAUUUUGGCCUUGCAAGAGUGUUUCGGAAUGAGGGGAACAGGCAAUAUAGCCACCAGGUUGCUACAAGGUAUUCAUUGUCCAAGAGUAGGGAAGAAGCAUGGGCAGUUGCCCAAUUUGGAAUGGAAAUUCCAGGGGGGUGGGGGGUGUAAACCAAAAGUGCCCUCUGUGGGGGGGGGGGGAAGGGGGAUGGAUAUUUUUUGAAACUACACAUUCUUGAUCACAGUAGGCACUUUUUUGUUUAACUCGCUCUGUGCUCCGGUAUGAGUAGAGACAGGGCGAUGAGUGGUUGAAUGUUGUGAAGGCGGCGGAGGGGCGGGGAAGGGCUGGGGAUGUGGCAAGUUGGGAGGGGAUAUGGCGGGGGGGUGGGGGGGGAUAGACAAAUGUGCCCUCUGGGGGGGGGGGGAGAAGGGGUAUGGAUAUUUUUUGAAACUACACAUUCUUCAUCACUGUAGGCUCUUUAUUGUUUAAGCUGCUCUGUGCUCCAGUAGCAUCUGGACUGGUGGCUCCUGGUGCCCAACUUUUGCUCUUGGGUGACUAGAAAAUCUUAGUUUUUUUCAUACAGAUCAUAUGCUGGUUACCCUGAAUUUCAGUAGUUUAGAGCUCCACAGAGCCAAAUUUGAGGUUGUUGUGAUAUAAUUAGAAGACACAGAUUGUGGUGGUGAUGAUGCUGCAGGAUGGCAAGUUUGAUUCUUAUUGGUGGAGUCCUCAGCAAAGUUUGCUUUCUUAUUGUGAAUCUGUUGAUUAACUGAUUAUAAACUAAAAAAAAAUGGACACAAAAACACUUGAAGGAAAUUCCAAAAAACAACAGUGUAAGGGAGGUUGAGAAAGCUGAUAAAAUAAAAAAAGCUAAAAUUGAGUUAUUUGAGAACAUGACGGGAGCAAAUGCUUUCUGUAAACUCAGUGGACCGGUUAUUUGAACGGAAUUUAACCAGUGUAUAACAAAACCGCGUUCUGAGUCAUUUUCAGUUGGCCCAAUGCUUUUAUCUUAGAAGCACCAUUUGCCGUGAGCAGUUUCACUAACGCAUAUAGAGUAGGCUAGAAAAGCACAUAUCUUCUUAAACUGACCCACUAAAGAAGAGAUCUGGAGGUCCAAACAUUUCUUACCGCAGUCUAAGUUAGACUUCGUUAAAAUAACAGACCCAGUGUUGUUUUUCUUUACCCUUUAAAGCCCAAUUAUCCAAACACAAAUCCUUUAGACUGAUCUGGCCAUAUAUUUCCGUAAGAGAAUUUGUUUAAAGAUCAAAUUAUUUUCCCUUGAAUGAUCAUUUUGUUAAUUCUCAUAAUUUUUUCUCAUGUCUAUGUACUUAUAUUGUCAGGAGAAACUUGAUGUUGAUCCUGUUCUGGAAUGAAAGCGUUUAUUGUUUAUCUGUGCAGGUGGUACAGGGCUCCUGAGCUGCUUUAUGGAGCAAGACUAUAUGAUGAAGGAGUGGAUCUCUGGUAAAAGUCGUUUUCUUUACAUGACAAUGUAAAUCUAGCCUUUGCCUUAGCUCUUCUCUAGCUCUGUACAUGUCUGGGCUGUCAUUAAGGGUGGGGGCUGGGGACCUUCCCCAGCUACUAGGAAGGUGGUUUCGGCCGAAGGUCGGUUCGCCCGACUAGCAGUUCGCUCAGACUCGAUUCUCCCGAAGCGUAUUUGUCGUUCUUUAAGCCUGAAAAAAAGGGACUAAGCAUGGAGAUACCUUCACCGCACAUGUGAAAUCCAAGGGUAACUAAAAAUAACGUCUCGAAAGGUAUGUUCACCGUGUUUUAGAGUGUUGUAUGUCAUCGGGCGAAUCGCCUAAUGUCACAGCGAACGCCGUCGGGCGUAUCGACUUUCGCGCGAAACGACCGCAAUAAGACAAUUGCACGAUGACGUCAUUUUACUACAAGUACCAGAAUUCUUCAGUUUGUUGUUUUCUGUGCAAAUUAAGGCUAUUGUUCUUUAAUCCUCAGUGGGAUUGAAAAAUUUAAAUAAGAAAGCAAAAAUGUGAAUUCUGGUAGUUGGUAGUCAACUGUCGUCAUCGUUAGAAUGGCCUAUUCGGAGGGUGACUCCCAGCAGGUGACGCCCAUUUCAUAAAAAAAAGGAAAGAAAAAAUAGCUCUAAAAAAAUCCCUAGCUGUUUGACGGAAUUUCAGUUACCCGAGUUUUAUAUUACUUCUGAAUUGUACAAUGUACAGGCAUCCGUUCCUAGCAUGUUAUUUUAUCACGUAACCCAUUCUGUUGUUUUCUAUUGUUUUCUCUAGGGCGGUUGGUUGCAUAUUUGGAGAACUUCUUAACAACUCACCUCUGUUUCCGGUGAGUCACUACACAACUAACCUGCAUAAUCUCUUUCUUGUAAUAACCUGUGGCUUUACAGUGCUAAUACUCGUAACGCUAUCCUUCUCCAAGAACAUUCAUUUUUUUUUGCGUAGAGGAACAUCAAAGACAGUAAGAGCGGCUGCGCAUUUAUCAUAAUUGCUGUGACCUUUUCCCCCCGGAAAGUCCUCAAAAAGUUGUAUUCAGCCGGACCUCCAUGUGCGAUAUCUUCUUGUAAGCACCCCCUUCCAUAAACUCUUAUCUUUCCCAAACACGAAAACUUUCCUAGUAAUAGCGCUGUCUGUAGUUAGAAUCUCUCGUAAGCGACCAACUGUCUUGAGCGAUAGGGACCACGAUUCGAGGUGACAGUUUUUAUUUAUAGCGGAGCACCGUGGGUAAGAAAAUGAAGUAAUCUACCCAUCCGAAAAAUCCGUACACCGACCGAGCGACCGUCCGUCCGCACCACAGACAUACGAAUGUAAAAUAACUCAAUCAACAGGUAUGGCAACCCAAAUGCAACUCGAGGUUAAUUUGGCGGUAAAUCGUAUAGCCACCGGCGUCUUGUAAAGCAGGUUCAACUAAAGAGUCAAUAAAGACCAAAACGGAAAGCGGAAAUUGUUUCUGUAGCCGUGUUGUCUGAAGCAUUUAGCUUAGAGAAAUUGUCAUGUUUCACAAAUUUGGAAUAUAGAGCAGGAGAAAGACAACAACCGGGGUGAACUCACGCCGGGGUCACUCGCGCUGGCAUGACAUUUUGUGGUGGUAUCAUGUAAACAAAUAUAGAGCCAUGAGAGGGAACCGGAGUGAACUCACUCCGGCGCGAAAGUCGCCCCGGUGUCAUGUAAACAGCCCCUAAAUCUUGCAUUUUUGGGUGGUCGCUUACGGGAGGUUUGAUUUUAUUGCAACCAUACGGAUAGUUAAGCACGACAAGUUUCCAGGGUUUUAUAUAUUAUAUCUUCUAUUGUAGGCUACGAAUAGUCGAUCAUUUUCCUCAGGGAUAGUUGAGAGAACGAUAUUCGCUAGCGCACACUAUUUUCUUUAUUCUUUUGAAACCCUCUUCGGGGGUGGCAAUUUUCAAGCGCGAUCACGUGUUUCACAUGCUUAACUAUCCGAGAGAAAAAUGAGAAACCAGUUGACCACUCCAGAAAAUACCAUAACAUACCAUAAUGCUCUUUGUUUGUCACCCCAAAAUUUUGCAUAAGCUUUGUUUUCAGUUUCUCUUGCGGCCAUUUUAACUCACAAGAGCUCUAAACGGAAGACAAUUCUUAUGCAAAAUUUUGGGGUGAUAAACAAAGAGCAUUAUGGUAUGUUAUGGUAUUUUCUGGAGUGGUCAGCUGCAGUCUUUUUCAGUUAUAACCUAUAAGUGAUCGUAUUGCGAGGGUGUUUAUGGGUGUUGGUGUUUUAGGGUGAAAGUGAUAUUGCGCAGCUGUAUUGUGUUCUGAGGGUGCUUGGGACUCCCAGGCCAGGACAGGUAAGCAGUUUUGUUAACAGAGCUUCUUAUAUGUUAAGGUAUUUUACAUAAAAAAAGGAGAAAUAGCGAGGAGGUGCGCACGCACGUGUUUCCCUCGCGCGCUCUAUACCUUUUACCAAAAAAAGUAAACGGCGCCUGCCACGCAGGUAAUAGACAGAGGUUAAAGACAGAUAUCAUUUUAGAAGGUUUUGACAAUAUAAUAGGUGGGAGAGUGGUAUGGUAAUGAAACCCGUCAGUCUCCCCUUUGUUACAUGUCUUUGUGGACUUGACGGUGCAUAACGCUCAAUAACGUUCCUAUCAUUUUGAUCUGAGGGAGCCUAAGCAACGACGACGGCGACGUCAACGACA